CAGUCUCCUAGCAACUGGGGACGCGGUGUUGCCACAGGCCCCGGCCGGCCGCAUGCGGCGGCUCCAAAGCCAUGGGCGGCCUCAGCGCCUCCGCCGCCUUCCGGGAGCGUCUCCGCCGGCUGUGCCUGGGCGAAUUCCCCUGCGGCGCCGGCAGCUGGAACAGGUCCCGUUUCGAAUUAAGGAAAAGGAAACCUGGAGGAAAUGCAGCCCAGAGAGAUGCAGAUGCAGGCACAGCCCAGCACCAGGAAAUUGGAACUCCCGGUGAAGAGAGCCUGGAGACCUUAAUGGAGUUUGUGAGCAGCCAGGACUCCCCCUGGGCUCUGCCACCUGACUGCAGCCCCGAGGAUCAGCACCUGAGGGAGCUGGCAGUACAAUCGCCGCAGCUUAUCCGGGACAACUUCAUCUUCUUGUUCUUCAGGUCCUUAAGGAUAGUGGAUAAAGGAGUAAAUGAAGUUGAUGAAAAUUUGCUGAAGUUUCAUAACCUGGAAGAGCUCAUACUCAGUGCCAAUCAAAUCAGCAAAAUAAACUCUGCCAACCUUCCUAGAACACUGAAGGUCUUGGAGCUCUGUGGCAAUGAGAUUGUUGGUUUGCAGAGUCUGUGUUCUCUCCCACCUCCGGAACUCCAGCAUUUGGGGCUGGGCUACAACAGGCUGUUGGGCUCUUCCGAGGAUAAAUAUCUCACAGCAGAAUUCUGGCCAAAUCUUCUCUCUCUUGACCUAAGUUUUAAUAAUUUUACGGAUCUGUUGGGCAUAGUCUCUAAACUGGCUACUCUGCGGAGGCUCAGAACGCUUGUGCUCCAGGGUAACCCACUAGUGCUCAUUCCUGGCUAUAGAGGUUUUGUAAUAGACAGCCUGCCCAAACUCUGUAUACUGGACGAUAGGAACAUAUCGCCUGAUGAGAGGCAUCAGUUCCAUGGUCUGUCUAGCAAGCCAGAUCUCAUUGGGAAUAAAGCACAACUGGUGGUGAAUGUUGGGAAAAUCAAAGGCGUCCCCAACCCCAGCAAGCCAGAGGAGCUGGAAAGUGGCCCAGAGUCUCCAGUGAUCACUCACAGCUACUAUGUGACGUACGAGUUUGUGGAGAGGGAGGAAGCCGAGGACACUAACAAUUCUGAGGUAAUAAAAUUCCAUCAGAGUCAAAUGGUGGCUACACCAAACCCUGGGAGCCCACCAGGGAAUGCUGACACAGGAGGAUCGGAGUCUUCAGCUCUGUCUUCUCUGCUUAAACAGGAGCCUCCGGCAAACAGGGCGAACAGGCACCUCACCCUUCGGAAGCACUGGGCUGAGACCAUUGAGUGCAGCCACAGGAAGGAGCAUGUCACUGAGGAUUUAGCGGCACUGAAAGCCUUCCUCAUGGCUGGAACCACCGUCACUGUUGUAGAGGAAAAGGUGUUUUCAUGGCCCAUUGCUGCACGUCUGGCUGAAGAUGCAGGCAAGAAGGGGAAGGCGGAUAAGGGAAAAGCAGAGAAGGGGAAGCCAAAGGAUGGUGGUAAGGGCGACAAGCAGAAAAAGAAAAAGGAAAGCCCCAUCGAACUCCGCAGUGACCCGCCUCUUUUGAGAAGCCUGGGGUCUGGGCACGUGAACUUGGAGAGCCUCUUAACAGGCGACCAGCUUGUGGCCGUGGUGUGUGACUUAGGAGUCCUCAUCUCUGAGGAAACAACUCAGCCACCGUCUCCUAAGGAGAAGGAUGGUAAGAAGAGCAAAGACAAGAACAAAAAACCAAAAACUGGGGGAGAAAGUCCCGCAAGCCAGAAAACCACAGUGGCUGCCAAAGGUAUGUCAGCCAUUCAUGGAGCCGAAAUGUCUUGUGAGUUAGAUGGCCGAUCGCAUACUACAAAUUAUGAAGGAUCAAAAGCUUUAGCUACACUUGCAAACGUGGUACUAACAGUACUAGAUGUAAUUCACCACUGCAGUAUAGAUCCCAUAGAAGACAUCUGAGCUCUGUCUACACCACAGCUUCCAUUGCUACCACUCUUGGAGCUGCACCAAUGAAUGGUAGCUACAGAGUUUGCUAAUGCAGGUGCAGCCACAGUGAACGAUUUGCUAAUAACCCAUAGUCUGAACUUAGUGUGCAUCAUCUAUUCAACAAAUACGUACAAAUAGUGAAAACUAUCGUUUAAUCAGGAUCCCUCACCAACAGGGGAAAGAGUGAAGUCUCAUCCACAAUGAAUGAUUUGACCAGACACUGAAAGAAUGUAUUCUCUCAGCCUGAGGCCUGUAGGUUUCAUUUGACCCCUGAACAGAUUCUCCAUGUGCUUUGGAGUUUCUGUUUCUCUCUCCUCUGACUGGUGGAUAUUGAGUUCUAAAACAACAAAGCAAAACUGUACCCAGCUGGAUUGAGCAUCUUAACACUUAACAGUGCUGGAUUCUUAUCCAACAAAAUUCAUGUUCAAAUUGAUCUGUAUUAAGGAACUGGAAUGACUGCAAAAACUUCAAGGACACAUGCAGCCCAUUCAGAGUAGUGGGGUUUUCUAGGGUUGUUUCCUAGAAACAAUGACUAACUGUUUUCCUCAGGAAAAAACAAAGAAUCUCCUGAAGGGAAGGAAGUCCAAGAAAUCCAGCCUGUGCCUCUGACCGUAGAAUUCCAAGUUCAGUUGAUUCAGUGGACAGCCGCAUCCGAUGCCCAGCACCAAUAAAGAAAUGAGAAGCACUUGCUUGAUGAGGCAGGUUCAUGUAAUAUAUGUGCAGCAAAAAAACCCUACAGUCUCCACCACUGAAAUAAACCUGUGAAGCUUG